UUCACCAUAAAACAACACAAUAGCUAAUCAAUUCACGCUUGCACAUGAGAACACUGCCAUGAGAUUUGUAGACAUGUCGAACAACACUCUUUCUUCUCACGCCAAAGAUUUUGUAUCUCCUGCUCUCACUCUCAGUCUUGCUGGUAUUUUCCGAGAUGGAACAGAUGGAAACGAGGAGACGGAGGAGGUUGACGACGAAAGUGCCAGAGGUGGCCGAAGAGAAGAGAUGACGACGGUUGAGAUUAGCAGUGAGAAUUCUAUACCCCUGAUGAGUACUUUAACUUUCUCGUGAUGAUUUUGAUGCCAAAAACGAAGAAGACGACGACUCAGAAAAAUUCCGACUAGGAGUUCGCCGGAAAAAAUGGAGAUCGGACCCUUUUUGAACAAAAUGACAGUUUUUCUUUUGUGUCUUAGCAAAGUACUGAUAAGUGCUGAAUUUGUUUUUCCGGUGGACAUGGGUGGUGGUGAUAGUGGCUAUGGCGGAGCCAGUUGUGUUGGAGAAGAAGAAAACAAAAAGAAAAGAAAAAAUAAAGAAAAAGAAAAACAAUAAAAUGAAAAUUAUAAAUAACAAAGAAAAACCAGUAUAAGAGAAGAAAUUACGUGGCAAAAUGUGAUUGGUGCGUGUUGUCCACUAAUUUUUUUGAAAUUGGUACUAGUCACAUAAGGAGAACCUUAUUUCACUUCAAGCAAUUAUAGGGGGUCAUAGGACUAUUUUUAAGGGGUGCAACUGACACUUUGGUACAACCUCAAUGGGGUAAUUAUGUAUUAUCCCAUGCUAAUACUAUCCCAACUAGGUCUCUUUGCUGUUUAUAAACUCUAA